AUGACUGAUCAGACCAACAACACCAACACCUAUCCACAAGAAUUUUAUUGUCCCAUCACACAAGAGAUCAUGUACGAUCCGGUCAUUGGAAAAGAUGGACAUACCUAUGAGAGAGAGGCCAUUAAGAAAUGGUUGGAAGAACACAAUGUCUCUCCCAUGACCCGUGAACCUAUGCGUGCCGAUCAAUUGGUAUCUAAUAUUGCUCUUCGUAAUACGAUUGAACAAAUCGUGAAUGCUUCUGAGAACUUGAAUGGUUCCUCAAGCAACCAAGGUCCUCGAUCGACUCAAAUGGUUUCCUCUCCAUCUUUAAACACGAGAUCUUCUCCAAUGCAUAUGAAUACAGAUAUUGAAUUGUCUGUGAAAUCACAUCUUAGAAAUGAAGGAAGAAGAGUUCAUGUUCGUGUGCAACCUCCAGUGCAAGGUGCUGAACGUCAACCCUGUAAUUUGGUGUGUGUGAUUGACAUUUCUGGAUCUAUGGCUUCAGAUGCUGAGGAGACUUCCAAGGAUCCCUCAACUGAAAAUGCUGGAUUCUCUCGUUUAGAUUUGGUAAAACAUUCUGUAAGAACAUUUAUCGAAGUCAUGAAUGAUAAGGAUUGUUUAGCAUUGAUUCCUUUCAGUGAUAAGGCGAGAAUUGAUCUCUCACUCACUAAAAUGACAGCCUACGGAAAGAAGAAAGCCAUUGACAAGUUGGAAAAGAUGCAACCUGAAGGUUCUACCAAUGUGUGGGAUGGUGUGAGAUGUGCCUUGGAAAUGUGUAAGGAUUCUCCUCUCUGUACUCAAACCAAUACUUGUGUCAUUUUGUUCACCGAUGGAGAGAGUAAUAUUAAUCCACCUCGUGGAAUUAUUCCAUCUUUGGAAAAGCAUAUUAGGGAAAAUCCAUUGAAUUCUACCAUUCACUCGUUUGGAUUUGGUUACAGUUUAGAUUCCAAGUUGUUGACAGAUAUUGCAUUGCAUGGCUCUGGUUUUUAUUCAUACAUUCCUGACUGCACCAUGGUGGGCACUGUUUUUGUAAACUUAUUGAGCAAUGUUCUCUCGACUGUCAUUCGAAGAGCCGAUUUGGUGUUGACUCCUCUCAAUGGUGCCAAAAUUAAGCAUGUUUAUGGUAGCUCACUCAAUGCUCAUGGCAAUGCAAAGAAUGACUCGGAAUCAAUUGUCAUUUCAAUGGGUGGUAUUCAAUUUGAGCAAACUCGUGACUACAUUUUGGAUGUCGUUCCACAAGAUCUCAAUGCUCCAUGUCUCAAGGCAGAACUCAAAUUUAACUCUCAAACCAUUGAAAAAAUAGAUUCUCCAACAGAAGUCAUGUCUCUACAAGAGUUGAAUGAACUCAAUGUACAAUAUUCAAGAUUAUUAUUUAUUGACAGUGUCGAGAAGGGUAUUGUAUUAGCCAAUAAGGGAUCGGUCGAUGGUGCCACAAAGGUCAUGAAAGACUUUUUGAAACAAAUUCAAGAUUUACCAUCACAUUCAGACGAACGUGUCAAGUCCCUCAUACGUGACAUUGAAAGUGAUAAUCAAAAUGAAGGACAAGUGACACAAGCUUUCUCGAGAUCUGAUUGGUUCCAAAAAUGGGGUCGACACUAUUUGCCAAGUCUUUUAAGAGCAAACUGGAUGCAAACUUGUCACAACUUUAAAGAUCCUAGUGUUCAGGUUUAUGGUGGAGCUCUCUUCAAGUCCCUCCAAAAUGUGGCUGAUGACAUUUUCUGUAAACUUCCUCCACCAAAAGCAUCCAAUAAGAGCAGAUACGAUCCUUAUUCUGGUACCUAUACCUCUUCAAGCUACACCCCAGUCAACAUGAGUGCGUAUUAUAACGCUGGUGGAAGUUGUUUUGAUGGAGAUUCUCAAGUCCUUCUUGCCGAUAACUCUUUGAAGAAGGCGAGAGACAUCAAAAAAGGAGACAAGCUCAAGAACAUGAAUGAUAACGAUCCUGUCACAGUGUUGUGUGUUUUGAAAUCAAAAACACCUUCAGCUCAAGUCCAAUUGUGUGAUUUGAAUGGAAUGAAAAUUACUCCAUACCAUCCUGUACGUGUGAACGGUGAAUGGAGGUUCCCAAUCGAUAUUACCACUCCUGAAAAUGUCACUUGUGACUAUGUGUAUAAUUUAGUGGUUGAUCAAGGUCAUGUGGUCAACAUUAAUGGCGUGGAAUGUAUUACUCUGGGACAUGGUUUCUCUGACAACUCUGUGAUUAGUCAUCCUUACUUUGGUACCCAAAAGAUUAUUGAAGAUUUGAGAAAUAUGAAAGGUUUUAAUGAUGGUAUUGUGGAAAUGACCAAGUACAAUAUUGUGAGAGAUCCUAAUACUGGAAAGAUUUCAUCAUUGUCUUUGGUGGAAUAG